GUGCAAUGGAGCUGCUACUGCUGAGGCUAGGCCACCAUCUCAUGCUUCUGUGAAGACCUGUAGGGAGCCCGCAGGGGCUCAGAGACCACCCCCCCCCCAGAUUCUUUGGAUAUUUUUUUAAAGAGCCAUCCUUACAUUCCCUCAAGAUGACAAACAGUUCUACCUUCUGCCCAGUUUACACAGAUCUGGAGCCAUUCACCUAUUUUUUUUAUUUGGUUUUCCUUGUUGGAAUUAUUGGGAGUGGUUUUGCAACCUGGGCUUUCAUACAGGACAAGACAAACCACAGGUGUGUGAGCAUAUACUUAAUUAACCUGCUUACAGCCGACUUCCUGCUCACUCUGGCGCUACCAGUGAAAAUCGUGGUUGACUUGGGUGUGGCGCCCUGGAAGCUGAAGAUAUUCCACUGCCAAGUGACAGCCUGCCUCAUCUACAUUAACAUGUACUUAUCAAUUAUCUUCCUAGCAUUUGUCAGUAUUGACCGCUGUCUUCAGUUGACAUACAGCUCUAAGAUUUAUCGGAUACAAGAACCUGGAUUUGCCAAAAUGAUAUCGACCGUGGUGUGGCUAAUGAUCCUUCUUAUAAUGGUGCCCAACAUGAUAAUUCCCAUCAAAGACAUUGAGGAGAAGCCAAAUGUGGGAUGCAUGGAAUUCAAAAAGGAGUUUGGCAAAAAUUGGCAUUUGCUGACAAAUUUCAUAAGUGUAGCAAUCUUUUUAAAUUUCUCAGCCAUCAUUUUAAUAUCUAACUGCCUUGUAAUUCGACAACUCUACAGAAACAAAGAUAGUGAAAAUUAUCCAUACGUGAAAAGGACCCUCAUCAACAUACUUUUAGUGACCACAGGCUACAUCAUAUGCUUUGUCCCGUACCACAUCGUACGAAUCCCAUACACCCUCAGCCAGACAGAGGUAAUAACUGACUGCCCAACCAGGAUCUCACUCUUCAAAGCGAAAGAGGCCACACUGCUCCUGGCGGUGUCAAACCUGUGUUUUGAUCCUAUCCUGUACUACCAUCUCUCAAAAGCAUUUCGUUUAAAAGUCACCAAGACUUUUGCUUCACAUAAGGAGACCAAGACUCCAAAAGAAAAAUCAAGUGGUGAAAGCAGUGCAUAAAAUAGGGGCUUUUUCAUGCUACCACUUUCUGCCUCAUUGACAUUCUGCAUUGAGAAGAAUUAUUUUCUGAAGCUUGAACCCAAGAUAAUUCCUGUGUACAACUUCAAUAUUCCUGGAGUUUGAAGGAAAUAAUAAAUGAGAAAAUGCACAAGAGAAAAUGCCUAUUACACUUCUAACAUGGUAAGUACUGGGCAAAUUCUAGUAAGCUAGUGGUAAUGACAGAAGCCCUGCACGGCAUCACCCAUCUGACAUAGGUGUAAGGGACAAAGUUACGUUACAGGCUGGUAGAAUGCUGAUGCACUAGAACUUGUCCUUGUCAAUGGUCUAAAAACAUGUUUUAAUUGAUAGGCAGAUCAAGACAUCAUUCAAACAGGCAAACAUACAAGUACUAGUUUUUUUUUCCCUGAAUCUUUUAGUCAAGUUCCCAGUAGUCUUCUCUCCUCGGUCUUCACUCACUAGGGCCAUAUCUUUUAAGAUCAGGAGCAGAAGCGGGGAGGCGCACAAUUUUUUUUCCAAGCAUAUUCUUAUAGUCUCCUCACAAGCAUGAUAAGUUAGUCAAACUUUCCCUUUGUAUUAAGAAAGAACCAGACUCUGUAUCACAUUCCUAAUGUCAAUGUUGUAUUAGCAUAUACGUUCAAUUCCCCCUUACUCAUGAAGAACACAGUACAGGGAGGUCUAGGGCAACUGGUGAUGGAAGGCUAUUAAUAAACUGUCUCCAACAUCAAUUUUUUAGCAGUUCUUUUAUGACUGUAUUACAGUUGAGUUUUAUCAUGAUCCAUCAUAAGAGACUUAAUCACUAGAAAUCAUUCAUGCUUCUUCCUCUAAAGAAGUGGACAGUCUGUAGAAUGCUACAUGGUGGAAAUGACUGUGCAACCAAGGAUUAUAUGAAUAAGAGAAUAAAGAUACCCACGUUUGGGUGGUACCCUCCAUACCCAGAUGCAUGGAUGAGGGAGACCAGCAAAGUUCUGCUUACCCAAGAGAGAAACACAGAAUUCUCAACCAGUUUCAGCCAUUUUCAUCAUUUUGCUAUAUUUGCUCUAUUAUCCAAAUUUUUAUUUUGGAAUACUUUAAGAUUUAUAGAAAAGGUACAAAGAUGAUACAGAAAGUUUCCCCUUUCACCCAGGGGGUGCCCUAAGGUUAAUUCCUUGUGUAACCAUGUAACAUUUGUCAAAAGGAGGAAUCAACACUGGUUCAUUAACUGUUAAUAAAACUCCAGACUUCAAUAUCCUGCCUAACCCCACUCCUGACUCCCAACUAUUUUAAAGCAAAUCCCAGGCAUUGUAAUACUUCAUCCAUAAACUCUUCAGGACUGUGAUUAUUGCAUUAUGUUGAAAAUGAGUAAUGUGUACAGGUAACAGCUAAAAAAUGUAUUCAGCCAGUGAUGUGCAAGAAAGAAUUGGGGAAACUUUUGACAAAGCUCUGGACAGAAAAAUUGCAAUAAAAAAUAUAUCGGUGUGGUGAAUGUGAAU